UAUACGAAGUUGCACUCCUGGCGGAGGAAAUGGCGCCCGUCAGGUGCAGCAGGGUUCACAGUUGCCAACCAGUCAAAUACCCUCGAAGUUGACACGUAAGAUAUGUCGCUGCCUCUUACUGUACCUGGCUCAGCGGGCACAGAAAUAUGUUUGUAAGCGGAGAGAAGCCCAGUUUGUGUCGGAUGUUGAAGACAUAACAGGAACACCAGACUGACAUUUGGGAACUUUGCUGGUACUCUACACCCCUUGCAGAGGAAUGGCCAAUGAGCAGAAACAAAGCAGGGCAGAAACAUUAAUAUUGGCUGGAUCAAACGGUCACAAUGGCCAACAAUGGCAGACUAGCCUGAAUAACUUGGUCAGUCAUCCUCCAGGCACAAACCACAGGUCGAGGAUGGCCCGCGUUGCUUCAGAUGUGAGGCAAAAGUGUGCGGCCUACGUGCUCGCACUGAGACCGUGGAGCUUCAGUGCCUCGCUCACACCCGUGGCCCUCGGCAGCGCCUUGGCGUACAAACUGGAGGGCUCCGUGGACUUGGUCAUCCUGAUGGUGUGUGCGGUGACGGUCCUUUUAGUCCACGGGGCGGGCAACCUCGUAAACACCUACUAUGACUUCUCCAAAGGGAUUGACCACAAGAAGAGCGACGAUAGGACUCUGGUGGAUGAAAUCCUGGCACCGCAGGAUGUUGUCAUGUUUGGAGCGUUGUUAUAUUCUUUGGGGUGCUUGUGUGCCACUCUGCUCUAUUUCCUGUCUACACUUAGACUGGAGCACCUAGCUCUUAUUUACUUCGGGGGACUGUCCAGCUCUUUUUUAUACACUGGAGGCAUCGGCCUCAAAUACGUGGCCCUGGGAGACGUGGUAAUCCUCAUCACAUUCGGCCCACUGGCGGUCAUGUUUUCCCACGCGGUGCAGGUUGGCUACCUGUCUGCACUCCCUCUGGUGUACGCCGUCCCGCUGGCCCUCAACACGGAAGCUAUCCUCCACAGCAACAACACCAGAGACAUGGACUCUGACAAGCAGGCGGGCAUCGUCACCCUGGCCAUCCUCAUAGGCCCCACGCUGUCCUACGUCCUCUACAACCUCCUGCUAUUCGUCCCCUACGUGCUCUUCUGCAUCCUCGCCACCCGUUACACCAUCAGCAUGGCGCUGCCUCUGCUCACACUGCCCAUGGCCUUCCCCCUGGAGAAGCAGUUCCGCAGCCGAUGCUACGCCAAGAUCCCCCAGAAGACGGCCAAGCUAAACCUCCUGAUGGGACUUUUCUACGUGUUUGGGAUAAUUCUGGCACCUCCUGGCAGCUUGCCAUCAUUGUGAUUAAUUAGGUUUGAUAUUUCAAAUUUUGUUCUUUUAAUACAGACUAGUUUUAUGUACCUCUUUGUAUUUGUACGAAGCAACCUGAGGGCUUUCAUUGGCUUUAAUUUAUUGUCAUAUUUAUAUGUCAAACAGAGAUUUAGUUUAGGUCCUCCUCUGUGACACUGAAGGCGUAAUCAGGUGUAUUUUUUCAGUAUUAAGCCUGCUGUAAUGUGUUGGUAAAAGAAGUGUUGGUGUCAUUUUGUAGAGGUAGGCAACAUUUUCAUCAUCUAAUGACGGACACUAAACCUACAGUUGCCAUAUUUGUUGUUCUUAAAGACACAACACAACACUGAUACCUAAAAACAUCAAACCAUUGUUGUCAUAUUCUCAACAUUUUCUUCUGUGCAAGGUACAUGCUGUUAAUUUGUCCAUUGUGAUUUCUUUUUUUUCUUUGGAGAGCCAAAUAGUAUUUCAUUGGAUAAUAAAACUCACUGACGUUGAUGUCCCAUGUGUUCCUUUGGGUCAAAGUUAACUUUUCGUGCCGCCUGAACAAAUAUCACAUGCAAGUGAGCAAUUUGACAUAAGAUUAAAGGACAGCGUUUUUGAAUUACACUGUAAAAAGUGUAAUGGCUGUCAGACAGGUCAGAUGGAUUAUUAAAUGCAUUUGUGGACCUUAUGAAAAAGAAAUUAUGUUAAAAUGUAGGCCCUAGUUUCACUGAGUCAUCAAGCUACAACCACAACCACAGACCUGCAUAUUCAUUUACACAGGCAACAGGAAUAGGAUUUUAUUUCUUUGUUACAUUCCACCUGUGACUUGACACACAACUUGCCAUCUCCCUUUUUUCCUGUUGUUUUUCAAUCAAAGGAAGACUUUUUAUUUGACUCAACAUUGAUGAAGUAGCCCAUAAUGUAAGAGGACAUUUUUUCAAUGGAUCAAUCUGCAUUAAAAAGUACUUUCACAAAC